AUGGAUCCUAACUGUAGUGGUGUUAUCAGAUGUUCCUCUACAAAAUAUGAAAUGUUGUCAACAAGUAGCGCUAAAGUGAAUCUGAUCGUUUCAUGUUGGGCAAGCUUGAUAUGUAUAUUCUUUAUAAUGACAAUAAACAGUAUAUUUAUAUGGUCUGUAAAAUUUUCGAAGAGUUCAAAACGAGUGACAAAUGAUUUGUAUGUAAUGCUUUCUUUAUGUGAUUUAAUAACAGGUAUAGUGUCGUUACCUAUAUAUGCAGUUAUUCUGACAGGUUAUCAUAAAGGAAUUCCAAAUUGCACGAUGCUAAGGAUCCGGUUGAUAACCGGGUACGUAUGUGCUACAUUGGCAAUUACAACAAUUGGAUUCAUCACUGCGGCUUUGUGUGUGGCCGUCAUGAAACCGUUUUUAUACAAAACAAAACCCGUUAACAAAGUGCUUGUUUAUUUGUUGAUUAUAUUCUGGGUAUUAUGGAUAUUCAGUCCGUUAUUCUUUUACUACAUUUUUCCAUCUCUAUAUGGUAUUUACAAAGUUGUAACCACAGUUUGGGGUGUGCUAGUGUUUAUUCUUAUGCUGUUUUGUCAUUUAACCGUUCAAAGGUAUCUUCACGUAUGUCCAAGCAAACAUGCAGCAAAAAAUAAGAAACCAGCCAAGAUCGCGUUGCAAAUUCUUCUUGUUUAUAUCUUAUGUUACUUGCCUGGAGGUUUAAAGAAUAUCUAUGUACUUAUAUACAGCAAUUCUGCAUUUCAGCAGAGCUAUAUUGAUCCAUGGAUAUACUUCAUUACCUUGACAAAUGCAGUGUUUGAUACGUUUGUUUAUGGUUCAAGAGCAAGAAGGGUAGAAUCACAGACCACUGUAGUCUUUAGAAAUUUUGGUGACAAGGUGGCUGUGUUAAGAUUUGAAGAGAACACAGUCAGUGAGAUAAUAAAAUUAUCCAUCACAUUUCUAAGAAAUAUUAUGUUGACUAAAAAUCACAUAGAUAUGGUACAUAGAUUUGGUGUCUAA